AUCUUAUGACAGUGCCCCAUGUCCAUAUUAGUGGCCACUGAUUAGUGUUCCUCUGAAAUUUGUGAACGGCAGAAGCAGGUAGGGGUGUUGUGUCCACUCAUCACACGCGGUUCACAAAUCAUAUACCAAACCAGACACGAAACCCAGAUCAAUUGUUCCUCUGCCAUGGCUUCCCUUCUCAAAGUUCCUUCCUUUAUCUCUCCUCUACACCAAAAGUUGAAUAAUGUUAGCUUUUCUCCAACCACCACAAACAUGCAAUCCAAAUUUUAUCACGCUAGUGUAAGAAAUGGGAGAUGGCAUGUUCCUAGCGUGACAAUCAAAGCUCAGAUGGCUGUUGAAGGCGAUGUACUUGACAAAGAAUCCAUCUCAAUCAACGAUGAAAGUGAUUAUGGGGUUGUUAGCAUUCACCAUGUUGGAAUUUUAUGCGAAAGCCUAGAAAGAUCACUUGACUUUUAUCAAAACGUUCUAGGCCUUAAGAUAAAUGAAGCAAGGCCACAUGACAAGCUUCCAUACAGGGGUGCUUGGUUGUGGGUAGGCUCUGAGAUGAUUCAUUUGAUGGAGCUUCCAAAUCCUGACCCUUUAACUGGACGACCUCAACACGGUGGUCGAGAUCGCCACACGUGUAUUGCAAUCCGGGAUGUCGCUAAGCUGAAAGCUAUCCUUGAUAAAGCUGGUAUCCCCUACACACUUAGUCGUUCUGGAAGACCAGCAAUCUUUACACGUGAUCCUGAUGCAAAUGCUUUAGAGUUUACACAAAUAGAUGAUUGAUGCUUAUGGAUGUUACUUGCUUGGCCACUCCUCUGGCAGUCUAUAUAUGUCACCAAAAGGCAAAACGUAGAAAUAUGUAUGCAGAUGACUACAUGUAUGUAAAGGCUGGAGGGAUUGUAACUAUUAAGCCAUAGGAAAGUAGCCAGCUAUGCAGUGGCACUCGCAGCAGUAGAGUAUUAGUUCAUCUUAUUUUUCCAAAUUCCUACUUGGAAUAUGCUGUUGGCUUAUGGUCUCUUUUAAGGAUAAACGUAACGUGAAUAAUUAGAAAUAACUUUGAAGGACACGAGACUAUAGAAAGUGAUUUUUUCAGUCAAAGUAUUGGAGGAUCCAUGAAAGGAGAGCAUAAAAAGCACGUCAUAUAAAUGAGGAUUAUAAUUUAUUUUUGAGAAAGUUUAAAUAAUAGUCAGCGCGUUC